AAAAUAGCGGCUCCAACUCCCAGCGGAAAAACUUUCUCACUUUGAGCUCGCCACAACGACCUCGAUAUCGUCCUAGAACGGCCGGGUUUCUUGUUUUGUACACUUUCGCAUCCCCCCGUCCUAAACAAAAUGACUUCAGUCCGAAACAGACGCAAGCAAAAGUCUUCCCUGCCGAGACAGACCCGCCGUCUCAAUGACAAGCGCAAGAAAGUCCGAAUCCUGUCCAACGCGAUCAUCGCCGCGCAGUGGGAUGAAAAACUCACCCUUUCGCAAAACUACAAAAAUCUUGGUUUGACGGCUCGCCUUAGCAGACCUUCUGGAGGCACCCAAAAAGAGCUCGGCAAAGUCACACAAUCUUCUGCACAGCAGCAGCAACAGCAGCAGUUGCAGUCCAGCGCCGUUAAAGAGGCAAAAAUUGUUCGCAACCCCCAAACCGGCGAAUUUGAACGUCUGGAGUAUGUAUCAACCGAAUCGGUCCUUGACGCACCGGUGACUCCUUCCGUUACUGCCGCAACGGACGUUGUCAAACAACUGGAACAGUAUGCUGCUCGGGGAGAGCGCACUCGGGAGCGUUCUCAGUCGGAAAGAGAACAAUACUGGAUCGAAGAGUUGAUUGAGGUCUACGGAGAUGACUACGAAAGGAUGGCACGCGAUCGCAAACGGAACAUAUGGCAGCAAAGCGCCGGUGAUAUACGGAGGCGGGUUUUGAAGUGGAAAAAACAAAACAAGUAGAUGUUAUCUAGUUGGAAAUAUAUAUUGUAUAUUCUUGACAAAAU